AUGGCGGAUUCGGAUCCGUAUCCCGUCAAAGAGUACGGCUGUGCCCCCUGGCCAAGGUUUGAAGAUUUAAUUAAGAAAUGUUUGAAAGAAAAUCCUCAAGAAAGACCUACGUCUGACCAGGUUUAUGAAACGUUGAACUCUGCAGAGCUCGUUUGUUUCAUGAGACACAUUUCGGUGCCCUCUCCUUUUGCGUCGGAAUGCAUGGUGGCCACAAACCAAAGUAACAAGAAGACCGGGAUCUGGAUCGGGAGUGGUGGCAGGGGAGAGGCCCAGCUCUCGUUUGUCGACGUAAAUACAGACGAACGCACCUGCGAAGACGUUGAAGACAGUAGAAUAUUAUGUUUGGCCUUGGUUACCUUUUCCGCAGCGAAGGAGAAUUGGGUGAUUGCAGGAACCCAGUCAGGAUCCCUCUGGUCUUUUCACACCCAAGAUGGAGAACGCAGGCAUCAGUUUCACACCAUGUCAGAUUCAGUCACCUGCCUUUACUGCAGUCCCUUGUCAAAGCAUAACAAGUACCGGAAUAUCUUUUUGGUGGGCACAGCCAAUGGACAGCUGGCCAUUUUUGAGGACAGAGCAGUCAAGGGCAAAUGUGCUGGACCCUUACGGACUUUUCUCAUUGGAAGUAGCAGCACACCACUGAUGUGUUUAAGCGAAUCAGAUUAUUCAUCCGACAAAAGUACACUCUGGGGCGGCUGUGGAACGAAGAUACUAUCGUUGUCCAGCGAUUUGUCUACCCACAAACUCAUUGAGACCAACACGAGUCAGCUAUUAUGUCACAAGAACUAUUGCGAUGCCAAUAUUAUUUCUAUAGCAGUGGACAAAUUUAUCUACUUGGCCAAGAAAGAAAGCUAUCUUGUUGAGAUUUGGGACAAAAAAACGGAGCAGCUUUGUGAACUAAUUGACUGCGUGCAUCUACUAAAAGCGGAGGUACCAAAGCUGAACAGAGAAUCGAAACAAAAACUUGCGUAUCCCGGAAGGGUGAAGAGCAUUUGUCUUCAGAAAAAUACGGCCUUGUGGAUCGGCACCGGGGGAGGACACAUCAUACUACUGGACCUGUCCACGCGCCUCCCCAUUCGGAUAAUUCACGAUUUCUGCCGUUCGGUGAGAAUGAUGAGGACCGCACAACUAGGCACCUUCAAGAAUGUCGUUCUGGUCUUGGGUUAUAACCAUGAAGAGGAUAGUGAAGACGAACACAUUAAAGGGAUGCCAUCUUCCGUGUCUAUCUGGGACGUCAACCUGUCACACGAAGUGCAGAACCUGAAAAAACACAUUGGAAUGAGGCAAGAGCUGGCCGAGAAGAUGCAGAGUUUUUCGUUGGAUUAGCUGGAUUAAUUCACUAGAAUGGACAUGAGACUAUUGAAGUUAAGUUUCGUCGAAGGACGGCUGACGUACUUGCUAAAUGCAGCAUUACCGCCGGUUUCCUUUCAAACGAAACACAAAUAUUAAUUGUACAGCAGUGUUCAGUAUUCCAGAUUAAAGGGAUAAAGCGCGGCAGCACAAAAAAAAUGUA